CACGGGUGGGGGAAGCCGGCCGGUGCAGCGCUGGGACACGCACGCGGGCCGGCACUGGCGGCUGGGGAUGUCGUCCUGGACAAGGUGGCAUGGGCCCGCCAUGGCGAGGCUCUGGGGCUUCUGCUGGCUGGCGGUGGGCUUCUGGAGGGCCGGUCUUGCUUGUCCCACGUCUUGCAAAUGCAGCGCCUCUCGGAUCUGGUGCAGCGACCCUUCUCCGGGCAUAGUGGCGUUUCCGAGAUUGGAGCCGAGCAGCGCAGACCCUGAGAACAUCACCGAAAUUUUCAUCGCAAAUCAGAAAAGGUUAGAAAUCAUCAAUGAAGAUGAUGUUGCAGCAUACGUGGGACUGAAAAACCUGACGAUUGUGGAUUCUGGAUUAAAAUUUGUGGCUCACAAAGCAUUUCUGAAAAACAGCAACCUGCAGCACAUCAAUUUUACCCGCAAUAAACUGACGAGUUUGUCUAGAAAACAUUUCCGUCACCUCGACUUGUCUGAACUGAUCCUGGUGGGCAAUCCAUUCACAUGCUCCUGUGACAUUAUGUGGCUCAAGACUCUUCAAGAGACUAAAUCCAGUCCAGACACUCAGAACUUGUACUGCCUGAAUGAAAGCAGCAAGAACAUUCCCUUGGCAAGCCUGCAGAUACCCAAUUGUGGUUUGCCGUCUGCAAGUUUGGCCGCACCGAAUCUUACUGUGGAGGAAGGAAAAUCUAUCACGUUGUCUUGUACUGUGGCAGGCGAUCCGGUUCCUAAUCUGUAUUGGGAUGUUGGUAAUCUGGUUUCCAAACAUAUGAAUGAAACAAGCAACACACAGGGCUCCUUAAGGAUAACUAACAUUUCAUCUGAUGACAGUGGGAAGCAAAUCUCUUGUGUGGCAGAAAAUCUUGUAGGAGAAGAUCAAGAUUCUGUCAACCUCACUGUGCAUUUUGCACCAACUAUCACAUUUCUCGAAUCUCCAACCUCAGACCACCACUGGUGCAUUCCAUUCACUGUGAAAGGCAAUCCCAAGCCAGCGCUUCAGUGGUUCUAUAACGGGGCAAUAUUGAAUGAGUCCAAAUACAUCUGUACUAAAAUACAUGUUACCAAUCACACGGAGUACCAUGGCUGCCUCCAGCUGGAUAAUCCCACUCACAUGAACAAUGGGGACUACACUCUGAUAGCCAAGAACGAGUAUGGAAAGGACGAGAAACAGAUUUCUGCUCACUUCAUGGGCUGGCCUGGAAUUGAUAAUGGUGCAAAUCCGAAUUAUCCUGAUGUAAUCUAUGAAGAUUAUGGAACUGCAGCAAAUGACAUCGGGGACACCACGAACAGAAGUAACGAAAUCCCUUCCACAGAUGUCGCUGACAAAACUGGUCGGGAACAUCUCUCGGUCUAUGCCGUAGUGGUGAUUGCAUCUGUGGUGGGAUUUUGUCUGGUGGUAAUGCUGUUUCUGCUUAAGUUGGCAAGACACUCCAAGUUUGGCAUGAAAGGUUCUAACAAUCUGGCUUCAUACGCUAUGAAGGACCACUGGCUAGAGUAGCAGUAGUUUUGUUUUGUUUCAUAAGAUCCCACUGGAUGGGUAACUGAAAUAAAGGAAAAGACAGAGAAAGGGGCUAUGGUGCUUGUUGGUUGAUGCUGCCCUGUAAGCUGGACUCUUGGGACUGCUGUUGGCUUAUCCCGGGAAGUGGUACUUAGCUGGGGUUUUCUAGUAGAUGUGGGCAGUGUUGAAGGAUGUACUGUCAGAAGCCUGCACACACUGUGAGCUGUGGCUGGGGAACACCAAUGCAGAGGCAGCUCUCAGGCAGCUAAGCGGCAUCUCAAGAAAACGUCUUACAUUAAUGCUUCUUUUCUGUUCUUACAAUAGUUCAAAUACAAAACUGAAACCCCUUCCCAAUGGAUUGUGCUUCUCUUCUGAAAAGUGUGCUGUUUGACCCCACUGGAAAUGUAUUGACUUGCAUUGCUUUGGUUUAUUAAAGGUAAACUACAAAGUUUAAAAAAAAAAAUCUGAAGUCGGGAACAGGUAUAAGUACACACUAAUCAGUCUAAUUUAAACGUAACGUAUAUUUUAGUAUUGUUUUCUGUUCUCUAACCAGUACUGAAUUCAAAGGUUUGACUUUUCUAUCCACAGCGUAAUGACUCAAAGAGUGAAAGGCACAUACACCAUCACUUUGGGGACUUGGUGGUGUCACUAAAAGGUUCUUUCCUUCACUGGCAAUAAAGGUUGAAACUUUUAGCUUAGGUCUGAGAGUCAUACGCUGCUAAUGAUUGCCUUAGAGUUCAUCAGCCAGCAACCUUUUUUUUUUUUUUUUAAAGAAGACCCAGAACAAGAAGUAGCAGCAGCUGUUUGGUCAGGGCUAUAGAUUGAGGUUAAGCCUAGUUAAUUUCAGAAUAAACUAAAAGAGUGGAAUAUAUGCAUAUGGUGAAAUGAUCCCCUUGCCCCUUUUUUCUGCCCUCUGCGAUCUGCCUGCUUUUUAGAAGUCUGUUGAGUGAGAAGGCCGCAGUAUCUCAUGCUGUGUGCAUUAGAGAACUAGCUUUUCUACUCUGAAAAGGCCUGGGAGCAGAAUGGCUGGCCCGCUGUGAGCAGGAGAGGAGAUUCUAAGAAGGAUAGUCCCCCUCCGCCAUAGUGCCCUACUGCUGGGUUUUCAUGGGUAGGAAAGCUUGUCCCGACCCCAGCAGCAAAGAGGUGGCAGCUUGCUAAUGAAUAUGUGCUUUAUAAUGUCCUUCUUCAUUGCUGAGAGGGCGGUCUUAGAGCUACAGAUCCCUGUCUCCCCCCAAGUCUGACCCAUGGACACCUGUUUCAUUUACUUUAUCAUCACAGUGACCUGAGUGGGCUCUGCUCAGUCUGUGUCAGGCAGUAUCCUUGUCCUGAAGGGAAGUCUGGCUGCCCUCACCCCACCCCACUUUACUCCUUUCUUGUUAGGGAAACUCCAGAGCCAGGCCCUGGAGCACUGAGUUUGAAAACAAUCAGCUCUGACUAUUAGACAUGCACAUAUGUGCCAUGGCUGGACUAGAAACUCAUUGACGUUUAAAAAAAAAUUUUUUUUUUUUUUUUUGGAAAUAGCACAAAUUUUGCAGUUUUGCUUUUAAGAUUCAUAGUUGUUUUAAACUAGUCCAACAUGUUUGGAAACAUUGUUGUGAAUUCUGAGUAAACCAAGGCAUUAAUCUUAAUCAACCAAAUCCAUUUAGGCACCACUUGAUAUGAAAAGAAUUUCCAUAAUGAAUAUUUUAUACUGUAUCUUUUACAUAGGCCACUAAAUAUGUUUAUUGCUUGAUGCAGACCUUUCACAGAGCCCUGUGGAUUACAGCAUUUAACUUGGCUACUCCAUGCCCAUGCCUUUAAGAGGGGCAGUUUCUCCAAAGCAGAAACAUGCUGCUAGUUCUCAAAAGUUUCUCUCCGGCUCCACUGGAGUGUAAGGGCAGCUGGCCCUUGGCCUGUGGGGGUCCAAAUAUUCUCCGAAUUCCCGUUUUCUUGUUCGCUGCUAAAUGACAGUUCCUGUCACCGCUUAGAUUUCGAUCUUUCCCAAAGGUGUUGAUUUACAAAGAGGCCAGCUAAUAGCAGAAAUCCUGACCCCUGAAAGGAAAAUGAAAUUCGAGCUGUGAGCCAGGCCAGAGCUCAGUAUAGCAGAGGUUCUUAAGUAUCAGCCAUUUGGUACAAAAAAAUUUUUGAAGCUUUUAUGUUAUUCCAACAGAGUUGUUAAAAAGGUGAUCGAUUGUUCAAGAACUAUUUUGUAAGUUUCCUAUACCUAAAAUUAAAAAGAAGAAGAAUAUUCGUACUCAACAGCUAGGAGGAUUGCAGGGUAGAUUUUUGUUUUAAAAAUGGAGAAAAAUGGACAGAUAAGGCAAUUUAAUCUAUCAAAGAUCAGUUGACAUCUCCUAGGGAACAACGAAAACAGCAGGCUAUUAGAAAAUUGUUUCAUAUGGUUCUCAUGUUCUUUGCCUUUCUUUCUUUUCUUUUUUUUUUUAAUCCCUUAAGACCACAAUCAGUAACAUAGCUUCUCUUUUCUGUAGUCUGGACCACCCCAUUUCAUCCUUUGCUUUUUAUAUCCCCCAUAAGAAAUGUACUUUUUAGAGCUUCCUAAUGGCUUGUGUUGUAUUUUUGCAGCAUUAGAAGGAGAGGCAGCAUUUUGUUGAAAUCAGGCCUGUCGCCCUCCAGCUAAAGGCUGCUCAAUGCCAGGCUGGUCUCCUAAAUUCAUGAAGUGGCCUGGGUGAGCCAACAGUCGCCCCUCUGGAGGGGCAGCUGUCCCCUAGUCCAAGCCAAUGGUGCCCUCACGGGAAUGGGAGCCCGGGUUACCAAAUCUCGUGAUUCUUUAAGAGAAAUGUGAAACCUGGAUUUUUGUGCGAAGUGUCCCUAUUGUUCAAAAGUUGGCUCAGUGAUUUAAAAACAUUUUGUAGGCCAACAAAAUAGUCUGUGGUUUGUUACUUUUGUCUUAAAACACCAUCAUUGUUCUCUUACCAUAUCCUUCUGUCUUUCCUUUGCAAAUUCACUUUUCUUUCUUCCCAACUUUGCCAUUGAGGGCUUUACUGCAACAGCCUAUGAAGCUGAGAUUGGCAACCAGGUGACCUGCAGCAUGUCAGUUACCUUCGUUGCUCUCCUGUGACUUUCACCCCGGGCUCUGCCCUUGGUAAGGAGUCUCCUGCGACAGCACUCUCCACCAUUCCCCGAUUGAUCCCACUCCUAGUAAAUCCUUUUUCCUGUUUUGUCUGACACAAAUUUCUUUUCACCAGCUAUGCCUCCUGGUCCACCCAGGUGCUACCAGGUUUAGAUGGGAAAGAGCAUGUCCCAUUUACACAGGUGCCCUUAUGACAGGUGUGGCCAUCGGUGAGUAGAAGAACAGGUGUGUCAUCUUCAAGAGAUGCAGUUUACUCGAGACCCUCUUAGGUAGCCGAGAGAGACUAAGAAAUGCCCAUCAUUAUCACUUGAGACAUUGGCUGUGUGACAACAAAAAUAUGAACAUUCUGAGACUGAGGAAGGGUCAUCUCGCAACAGGAAAAAUGAGUCUCCACACACAAGAGAGAGAAUCAAUUCAGGAGUUUUCAUUCCCAGUCUCCCAGCAGGAAUUGAUUUCAUUUCUGAUCCACUGAGUUUUCUUUCCAGAAAUAGGCAGCAAGGAUAAGAACAAAACAAUCCCAGCUCCACCCCGCAACACAGAACUCAGGAGUUGGUUUUUGUCUUCUUACACUUCAAUCCUCCUGAAUUAGACCCAGGAUGGCUAUGGCUUGGAGCAUCUCCUCAGACAGAGCAGAGGUGACACUUACUCAGCAGCUGUGGAGUAAAUAACACAAGGCGGGAAAUCAGUUGCAUGCCAGGUGUGUGCUGGAGGGACGCUUGCCUUCUUUCUCCUCUUCUUCUGUCUUUAUUCUCUUAGAAUCCCUGGCUUUUCCCCCCUCUCUAACAUUCUAAGUUGACUCCAUGACAAAACGAGAGCUUAUUUUUAUUUGUUUUAUUGAUUGCUUUGCAGAUUUACAACACACACAAUGCCCCUCCCCCUCCCACCAUUGCAAAAAAUGGAAUCAAACUACUAAACAAGACUCGAACUAACUCGUCCCUCACCCUACUGGAGGGUAGGUGAUGUGCAUCUCCCCCUGCUUUGGUGCUAGCUGUCUAGAACUCCUCCCUGAUUUUGCCCUAAGUCCUUCAUACUGCAAUAGAAGUUCAUUUCAUCUUGUUUUGUCUAGACUCCAGAUAAUAGGACUAUCUGGACUGAAGAGGAGUGAUUCCGUGUCACAUAGGGUCUCACAGGGAUGCUGCGUCCAGCCAUGUGGGCAGAGUCAGUCGUGUCUAGUCUAUGUUCCUGGGGCCCCUGGGUUUGUGCAGCUCUGCAGGCUUGACUUCAAUGAUACUAGUACAGAGGCAACCAUUCUAUGAGGUGUGUUCUGCUCCGUUCACCUCUAGCACCUCAAACCAUGUCAGGUCUCUUCAAAGGCACCUGGGAAGAUUAAGGACAAAUUAAAUUCCUAGAUAGACCAGGAAUUUCAUGUGGUAUGGGGUGCUGCCAGAUUGAAUUAGGUUGACAUAAUUCCCAGCCCAAAAAGUUACAUGAAGAUGGCCGUCACAGGAGGCAGUUUCUCCCUGAGGUCAGCCCAUUUCCUUGUUUUGGUCUGCAGGGACAACGGGUUCUUCUAGCCACCUGAUUUUGGCAGUGAGAUUACUCUAAGUGUAAUUCAGGCUAAUUCUGCAGUGUAGCCCUGGCAUGGUCUUGAAUGAGCACCUAGGAUAAGGAGACCCAAACCUCACCCCACCUCCAACCACUGGCUAUGAUUGAAGUCAGUUUUUAUGGGAGAAAAAAAAUGUGUGAAAAGAAAAGAACAUAGAUUUUCACCCUCUUUAUUUUAAGACAGUCUAUUUUUAAAUUGAGCAUAAAAAAUACAGAGUAGUAAAAAAAAAGUCUUAAGAAAGACAAACCCUGAAGUUUUACUCAGUUCGUGUUCAAAUCCUCUUGCUGUAAUCCAGAGGCAGUCUGUGAAUCAUUCUCAUGCCGUUUUUUCCCUAUAAUGUUCCAGGUGUGAAAGCCAUUUUUCAUGUUUUCUGUAAAUAAUGAAUACUCACUUUUAAAAAUUUUAUUUUAGUGCUGUUUUAACAAUGUGGAUAGACCAUAAAUGUACUUGCUGAAUUCAUUCAUUUUUUUAACAAGCCAAUAAAGUUUUAUAAUUCAUC